GUUUUCAAUGCUGUAGCUUUCCAGCCUUUUUACCAGUUUUGCUUGUUUUUGGAUUUUGCCUUUUGGCUGUUGUUUAUGCCUGACUGCCUGUUGCUGACCACUGCCUACACCCUGAUUCGACCUCCUCUUUGCCCUUGCCUACUUCUGCCUGCCGAGCCUUAAUAAAGCCUGCGGUGCUAGUCUUGCAGGAUAAAGGACAGCUGUUUCUUGGCACCACAUUGCAGGGGAUCCUUUAAAACAGAGAACCAAGCUCAAUACAUUAGACUGGGAGAGCUUCAGACUUUAAAGCAACACUAUACACCUGACUGCGCGCCUCCUCUCCAUCAGUGGGUGUGCAGCAGUGUCCGCCAAGCCGCCGCUGCUCCUUUCCAGGCGCUCAGCAGCAUCCACAAACUUUGGUGAGCUACAGUCUUCACCAAGGCAACAGAACCAGCCGAGCUGAAUAAUAACUGGGAGGAUACGUUUAAAAAAAAUUACAUACAGGCAAUCCUAAAGGGUGCUUUCGCUUAUUCUGGCUAAUAAAGCUGUCAAAAUGGAAAGCACUCCGGCUGAAAUCCUCAAAGAAGACGGUAAGUGCCUCUCUACGCGGUUGGAGGACUGUCCGGUCAAUUCUUCAACCUGGGUGUCCGGAUACUCAGAGAGCCGGAAUGACACCCACGACGAUAACUGGGAGCAGGAAAGCAUGUCUCCCAUCAUCCCCAUCAUCACUGCAGUCUACUCCGUGGUGUUUGUGGUCGGCUUACUGGGCAACUGCCUCGUCAUGUAUGUCAUCAUCAGGUACACAAAGAUGAAGACAGCCACCAACAUUUACAUUUUCAACCUAGCACUCGCUGAUGCUCUUGUCACAACCACAAUGCCCUUCCAGAGCACGGACUACCUGCUGAAUACCUGGCCCUUCGGUGAAGUUGUGUGCAAGGUCUUCAUCUCUAUUGACUACUACAACAUGUUCACCAGUAUCUUCACUCUCACCAUGAUGAGUGUGGAUCGCUACGUGGCCGUGUGCCACCCGGUGAAAGCCCUGGAUUUCCGCACUCCGAUCAAAGCCAAGAUGAUCAACGUGUGCAUCUGGAUCCUGUCCUCAGCUGCAGGGAUACCUGCUUUUAUUCUGGGUGGCACCCAAACAAACAGCGACAUCACUGAGUGUGCCUUACAGUUCCCAGAGCCGUACGUGUACUGGGACACACUGAUGAAGAUAUGCGUGUUUGUCUUUGCCUUCGUCGUGCCUGUGCUCAUCAUCACCGUGUGUUACUCCCUGAUGGUCCUGAGGCUGAAGAGCGUCCGAAUAUUGUCCGGCUCGCGGGAGAAGGAUCGCAACCUGCGCCGAAUCACCAGGCUUGUAGUGGUCGUGGUGGCUGUGUUCGUGGUCUGCUGGACGCCCAUUCACAUCUUCAUCCUGGUCAAGGCGCUCGUGAGCGUGCCCGAAACCACCGCCAUCAUGGCUGCCUACUUCUUCUGCGUGGCUCUGGGCUACACCAACAGCAGCCUCAACCCUGUGCUUUAUGCCUUUCUGGAUGAGAACUUCAAACGGUGCUUCAAAGACUUCUGCCUCUCAGCCAAACCGAAAGGAGAAAAGGUGUCAGGGAGCAAAAAAGGCCCCAGCACUGUGCGGGAGGCUGCUGUUCCCCUGGAGAACCCAGACAGGACUGGUAAGCCCACAUGACUAGCAGUAGAACUGUCUUCAAUUUCCCAUAUUGGAAAAGAAGACUCACAUGAUCUGGGCUUAACCCACGUCACUUCAGCAAUUUAGACUGUAAUCUUGACUCUAUUGCAAAGGUUGACUGGAUUUAUUUUCAUGUCUCUUGAAGUUUAAUUGUUGCCAAAAUUGAUAUGUCUUAAUUUCAGUGAUCAAAUGAAAGUUACAAACCAUAAAUUGUAUCCUAUCUUUUAAAUAAAAUCCACACAGAAUCAAAAACACCAACCUCUCUAAAUUACAAUAACUUCAUUUUGCUCCCCUCUGCUGUGACUUUUCCCUCUUGGUUUAAUUUAUUUCCUCAUGGCAGUUGUGAUAACGAUUGUAUAUUUAUUAUUUAAACUUGCAGGUGGAUGUAAACUGGGAGACAGUUUUGUUUAAGUGGAUAAAAAAUAAUUGUCAGUUGCAGCCCUAGAUAAUAAAGGGCUGCAACUAACGACUAUUUUUGAGUCGGAAAUUGCAAAAAAUGUUGCAUGUCCCAAACAUAUCGCAUAAGAAGUCAUUACAAUAUAAUGUCAAGAUUUCCCAGGAAAAAUACUGAUUAUUUAUUGGGAAAAGUAGCAAGUAGUUAAUGGAAAUAUUAACUAAUGUUUUACAGACUUUUUGGCUUCUGUGUGUUUAUGAUUUUUAUUCUUUUAACUGCAUUUUCUUUACGCCUCCCUCCUUUUUCUGUGUUCUCCUCCUACAUUUUUCUAUUACCAAAUGUGCCUUUAACAGUCCAGGAUAACAUGUGUUUGUAGCAGCGGUAAAUGAU